CUAAAAACUGGUGGCUCUUAUUCAGUUGAAGGAAUAAAUGACACUAAAGAUUUUGCAGAAACUCUUUCUGCUUUGAAAGUUAUGGGAUUUUCUGAGGUUGAGCAACGGGAUAUUUGGAAUAUUGUUGCUGCAAUUCUACACCUCGGUAAUGUGAAUUUUAGGGAAAAUGGCAAUUAUGCUCAAGUUGCUGAUUCCUCAGCAUUAGACUGGCCAGCUUAUCUCUUGGGCAUAGAUAAAACACUACUGGAGAGUAAACUGACAAGCCGCCUGUUUGAGAGCAAGUGGGGCACUAAAGACGAAUCGGUUAAUGUCACUUUAAAUGUUGAACAAGCUAUUUACACAAGAGAUGCUCUUGCGAAAGGUGUAUACGCUAAGCUCUUUGACUAUCUAGUACAGAGAAUCAAUGCAGCAAUGUUCACUGAAAGUAGAGGAAACAAUAUAGGAAUACUUGAUAUUUAUGGUUUUGAGAUUCUUGAUAAGAACGGCUUUGAACAACUAUGUAUCAAUUUUGUUAAUGAGAAAUUGCAACAAAUUUUUAUUCAACUAACACUGAAAGCAGAGCAGGAGGAAUAUGUAGCAGAAAACAUUACAUGGACGCCUAUAGACUAUUUCAACAACCAGGUUGUAUGUGAACUCUUAGAAGGGCGUCAACCUCCUGGUGUAUUUCUUGUGUUGGAUGAUGUGUGUGCAACUCUGCAUGCAGUCGCGGAUGGAGCUGAUAAUGAUUUGCAGAAGAAACUUAAUGGAACUGCCAGCAGCCAUAAGCAUUUUUCUCCAUCAGCAGAUGGCUUUGUUGUGAAGCAUUAUGCAGGAGUCGUUAGUUAUUCAGUAGAUGGUUUCUGUGAUCGAAAUAGGGAUGUCUUUUUCCCAGACCUCAUACAGCUGCUGCAGUCUAGUUCAUGUCAAAUCAUACAUGGCCUUUUUCCUGAGCCCCCAACUAGAUCAAGACCCACCACUGCGGGGAACAAGAUUCGGUCUCAAGCAGGGGAGCUAGUCGCAAAACUGAUGCAGUGUGCUCCUCAUUAUGUGCGCUGUAUCAAGCCCAAUGAAACAAAGCGACCAAGGGAAUGGGAUGAACUGCGAGUCAAACACCAAGUGGAAUAUCUUGGUUUGCGUGAAAAUAUAUCAGUUCGCCGAGCAGGGUUUGCCUAUAGAAGACCCUUUGAAAAAUUCCUCCAACGGUAUGCCAUUUUAACAAAGGAGUCAUGGCCAAUGUGGAGAGGAAAUGUCAGAACAGGUGUGAAGCAUAUUUUAUCAUCGGCUGGAUUUAAAGAGGGCAAUGAAUUUCAACUAGGGCUGACAAAAGUUUUCAUAAAAAAUCCAGAAUCACUUUUUCAUCUAGAAGAGCUGCGAGAGCAACAGUUUGAUAAACAUGCAAAAAUUAUUCAGAGGGCUUUUAAAAAGCAUUUUGCUCAAAAACAGCAAUGUACUCAAAGAGAAGAAGCUGCAGCUUUAUUCCAUGGAAAGAAGGAGCGCAGAAAAUUGUCAAUAAAUCGUCAUUUUGUAGGAGAUUACCUUGGCGUUUCUAGUCAGCAAUCAGAGCUCCAAACUAUGAUUGGCCGAAGGGAAAAAAUAUUGUUUUCCAUUCCAGUCAUUAAAUAUGACCGGCGUUUUAAACCAAGUGCUCGUGACCUAGUCCUUACAUCACGCUCCCUGCUUCUUAUCAAUUCGGAGUCUCAAACUGGAAGUAAUGGCAACCAGCCAGUGAUCAAAAGAAAUAUCCCAUUUCCAAAUAUAAGCCAUGUAACUCUAAGCUCUUUCCAGGAUGACUUUGUUCUGCUGCAUGUUAACGAUGACUACGACUCACUUUUAGAAGUUCCAAUGAAGACAGAGUUCAUUUAUGUUCUUCAUAAAAGAUAUGUUACUCAGACAGGAAGACACCUCAGGAUUUUAUUUUCCAACAGUGUUGAGUUUUCUGUGAAGAAGACUGGACUUGGAGGAGGUGGUAAACGUAAUGUGGUGUUUGUUCCAACAAUUGCAAACCUUAGCAUUCCAUCCCUAAAGGUAAAUGGGAACACUCUAACUGUUGGAAUUGGAGCUGGCCUCCCAUCUGAUGUAACGUUGCCUCCACUGAGGACACAUUCGCCACAAAAAGCGAAAAAGUCACAUCCGAGGAGGGCUAAACCCAAGACACUGAACAGUGUCCCGACUCGUCCAGCUCCUACUCGAGCGGCGCCUCCUCCUCCAGUUCAGCAACCUCCUACCCAUUCCCUUUCACCAACUCUUCCCUCAGAUGCACUGAAUGGUUCAAGACGUGUAAUGCACUCUGUCAAACAAGAAAAUAGUCCACCUGCACAGCAAACUGGAAAGUUACCAAAUGACCUCAACAGAGCAACCAAUGCUAGCCCUCAGAUCAAGCCUACAAGAAACUUGUUAUUGGAUAAUAAUCAGGAUGCCACUAAUUGUGUAAUCAAUAAUAACAGACCCAUUAAUGUCUUUAAACAUGAGUUGAAUGAGAAGGUUACUGUAAAGUCACCAGUUGAUUUUGGUCAAGAACUCACCAAUACAAUUAAACGUAUGAAAGCUAAAGAAAAGGUGAAACCUUUCGAAAAUUCUAAUAGAACUGCUUCUGAAACAAUAUCUACUAACAGUAGUGUGUUACCUGAAAAACCUAUUCCUGGAGGUAAGGGGUUGAAUGGGAAGGUUUCUGAAAAGUCACCAGUUGAUUUUGGUCAAGAACUCACCAAUACAAUUAGACGUAUGAAAGCUAAAGAAAGGGUGAAACCUGUUGAAAGUUCUAAUAGAACUGGUUCUGAUACAAUAUCUACUACAAACAGUAUUGUGUUACCUGAAAAACCAAUUCCUGGAGGUGGUCGGCCAAGACCAACACUCAAACCUAGUCUGAUAAAAGUCAAAGCUGUCUACGACUAUCAAGCUCAAGACGCUGAUGAGCUCAGUUUAAAAGAGGGGGACUUCAUUGACCUCAUUAAGGAGCAUCCUGGUGGGUGGUGGCAAGGAAGGCUAAUGGGGAAGGAGGGUCUGUUUCCCGCAAACUAUGUCCUCAAAGUAUAAUGAUGUUUCUCUCCUAAGUCAAUCUCUUAAAAUAUAGCUAAUAUUUUCUUGUUGGUAAACAUAAACCAAAAUCAUUGUAAACCGCUGCAAUGCAAAGACAAUGCAAAGACAAAAUGAUCUACAUCUUUUGAGUCAAUUAAUCACUUAGUCUGACUGGGUCUGUAGGGACCUGUAGUACAAUAACUAUAAUGCAUUUUGCAUUGAAUAAUGACUAACAAUUUUUUUUUCUGACUUUAUUAGGUUGAUCUAAUUUGAACUACAUUGUAAAAUUGUUCUUGUAAUGUUGUCUCCAAGUUACCAGUAUGUUGGUUAUCCAAAGUUGUGAUAAUACCUUUGCUUAAAAACAUUAUCUGUUUCUAUUUAGGCUGUGCACGGCUGCUUAAGAUGUUGACCCUGUCUAAUUUAAAGAAUAAAGACAUAAUUAGUUCACUGA